AUGAAUCCUGCUCUGGUGGCAUUAGCGUUGUCCCUGCUGUCCACGGUCGCAGCUCAGUCUCAAGACCACCAUGACAUGGGCUGGGUCAACAGCUACCGUCAGGGCUUCAACUUCCAGUGUCCCCACGGAGAGGUCCUCGUGGCCAUCAGGAGCUUCUUCAGUGAGGAGAAUGGCUCGGACCGCUUGUGGACCUUUGAGUGCCAGCCCACACCUGAGGGCCUGGGGGAGCCCAGUGACUGCUGGUGGGACGACAUCAGCCGUGCUGGGAUGGAGUGGACUUCAACUUGUACUCGUAAUGGCCUGGUGGCGGGGGUACAAAGCAAGUACUUUGAAUCUGUCCUUGACCGGGAGUGGCAGUUCUACUGCUGCUAUUACAAACGCCGAUGUCCCUACUCCUGCAUGAAGACCUCUGAUAUUCCUGAACACUACAGAGAAGAGGCAGAGCUGGUAGUCCCUAGUUAUGGCUACUUCAUCCGAGGUGCUCAGACCACCUUCACUGGAGUGCUACGAGAUCGGCAAUGGAAGUACAUCCUGUGCAGAAUGACAGACUUUGACUGUGACUUUGAGAAUUUGUAG